AAAUUAUUUCAUAUUUCAUAAUGACCAGCACAGCGGUUCUGGGCGCAGCAGGGCCUACGGGUCUCGAGUGUGUCAAGCGUCUUUUGGACCUUGGACAACCAGUUGUGGCAGUCGUGAGGAACCCAGAUAAAUACAAGGAUACCUUUCCUAUCGACAAGAACCUGCAGGUCAAGAAGGGCGAUGUGACUGAUGCUGUAAGUCUUCAAGAUGUGUUCUCUACGACGAACGCUAAGAGAGUGAUCUUUGCAGCGUCUGGCAAGGGCUACUUUUCAGCCAAGGAUGUCGAUGAAAAGGGCGUGGCCAACACUGCAGAGGCAGCCAAAAAAGUGGGAGCUGAGAGAGUGGUGCUCGUCUCGAGCGCCCUUGUGACGCCCAAGAAUCGAUUCCAUCCCAUCCGCCUAAUCCUGAACAAUAUCAGAUGGGGUUUGAUGGACUCCAAGUACAGAGGCGAAGAACUCCUUCGCAAAAGCUCUGUGCCGUAUACAAUAGUAAGACCUGGUGGUCUGACAAAUGACCCACCUGGACAGAAAGCGCUGGCCAUCAGUCAGGGAGACACAUCGGCAGGUCAGGUUGCAAGGUCAGAUGUUGCCAGAGUGUGUGUGGCAGCAUCGACGGAUUCGCAUGCCAGGAAUGUGACUCUUGAGCUCAGCAGCAAGAAGGGCUCAGAAGCGCCAGCAGACGAGCUGCAGAACAUUUUCAAAGGACUGCAGCCAGACAAUGCUACAUGAUGCAUAGAAGGAAGGAGAGCACUUGUCUACAUGUAUGAAAAAUAGCAUCGAUGAUAUCAGUGCUGAUGUCAAAAGCUUCAAGCUCAAGUUCAGGAUUCAGGGAAAACACACAUUAUAAAAUAUUGCGCUAGCUACUAUAUAGCUAUAGUCAUCCUGGCGCUCUGCGGAUGCCGGCAUUUUUUUUUAGAGUGAGUGCCAGUACCUGAAGUUACUGCUUCAAAUGUGAGCUUGCCAUCGCUGCUCGGCUUUGCAUUUGUCCAGGAAGCUCUAAGAAACACGAGGUGCAUCCUGAGGUGUGUAUGCUGAUGCAAUCUAUUGAGAACUUC